AUGGCGCCCGCCAUCGCCGCCGAGGAGGGCUGGCGGCAGCGCCGCGCCGGCACCCGCCGGCAAAGCCUGGACCUGACGGGCGAGCCGCCCCGCGACGGGCUGCCCGGGGACACCGAGGCGCUGCUGCCGGCGCGGGCGCGGGGGUACCGCGCGGAGCUGGGCAGCAUCCUGCUGCUGCUGGUGCUGUACGUGCUGCAGGGCAUCCCGCUGGGGCUGGCGGGCAGCGUGCCGCUCAUCCUGCAGAGCAAGAGCGCCAGCUACACCGACCAGGCCUUCUUCAGCUUCGUGUUCUGGCCCUUCAGCCUGAAGCUGCUGUGGGCGCCCUUGGUGGACGCCGUGUACCUGCGGGGCUUCGGGCGCCGCAAGUCGUGGCUGGUGCCCACGCAGUACGUGCUGGGGAUCUUCAUGAUCUACAUGUCCACGCAGGUGGACGCGCUGCUGGGCGACGGCCACGGCCGCGGCCCCGACGUGGCGGCCCUCACCGUCACCUUCUUCCUCUUCGAGUUCCUGGCCGCCACGCAGGACAUCGCGGUGGACGGCUGGGCGCUCACCAUGCUGUCCCGGGAGAACGUGGGCUACGCCUCCACCUGCAACUCCGUGGGGCAGACGGCCGGCUAUUUCCUGGGAAACGUCCUGUUCCUGGCCCUCGAGUCCGCCUCCUUCUGCAACAAGUACCUGCGGUUCGAGCCGCAGCCCCGGGGCAUCGUCACCCUCUCAGAUUUCCUGUUUUUCUGGGGAGCUGUCUUCCUUGUUACCACUACAUUGGUUGCCUUUUUGAAAAAGGAAAACCAGGAGCUAAUACCAGCAAAGGAAGAAACAAAAGGCAUCACUGACACAUACAAGCUGCUGUUCUCAAUAAUCAAGAUGCCAGCAGUUCUUACUUUCUGUCUCUUGAUCCUCACUUCAAAAGUUGGGUUUUCAGCAGCAGAUGCUGUGACAGGACUCAAACUGGUGGAGGAGGGAGUUCCCAAAGAGCACCUGGCUCUGCUGGCAGUUCCAAUGGUUCCUUUGCAGAUCAUCUUGCCCCUGGUUAUCAGCAAAUACACAGCGGGCCCCCAGCCCCUGAACACCUUCUACAAAGCAAUGCCUUACAGGUUGCUGCUUGGCCUGGAAUUCGCUUUCCUGGUGUGGUGGGCUCCUAAAGUAAAGCAUGAAGGAGGAUUUCCUCUCUACUACUACGCUGUGGUGGUGCUGAGUUAUGCUCUACACCAGAUCACCCUGUACAGCAUGUACGUGGCCAUCAUGGCCUUCAACGCCAAGGUCAGCGACCCGCUCAUCGGGGGCACCUACAUGACCCUGCUCAACACCGUCUCCAACCUGGGCGGCAACUGGCCCUCCACGGUGGCCCUGUGGCUGGUGGACCCGCUCACGGUGAAGGAGUGUGCGGGCGCCCAGGGCCACGCCUGUGCCACCGCAGCGGCCGCAGAGCUGUGCACAGCAGCUGGGGGCUCCUGCGUGACCACCCUGGACGGGUACUACGUGGAGUCCGUCGUCUGCGUCAUCCUGGGCUUCGCCUGGUGGUUCUUCCUGGGACCAAAAUUCAAAAAGCUGCAGGACGAAGGGCAGUCUUCGUGGAAGUGCAAGAGGAGCAACUGACGCGCUUAGGCGUUGGACGGACCAGCAAGGUGGUUUUGGUUUUAUCACAAGGACGUAUCCCAUAAUCAGGCCCCCGGAAUGUCGGUGUUUCUGGGCCACGCCAGGGACAUCUGUGUGGCCGAGGCAGGGCACCACUGCAUUCCCCACAGCACAGGGGCAGUUCAGAAAGGAAUGGCCGAAGCAGCACCUCAGUGCUCCGUGCUUACCCCUGACUCCAGAGCCGCUGAUUCCAGAGGGCUCCUCUGGGCAAGCUCCCCGUGCCCUGGCCGUAGAGGCAGCAGAGUUGCCAGCUGAGUGCCAGCUUUUAUUUUCGCACAGAAAUGAUCUGACAGAGCAGCUUGACCCAGGGGAGGAUGCCCAAGGCAUUCUGACUUGGAGGUUAAGCAUGGUACUGCGGAAUUCCUUGUGGGAAGAUCCGUGUGAGAUGUCUGUGGGCUUUGCUUCUUCUCACUUUCUGAGCUGUAACCACGCCUCAAAGGAUGAAAUGUUCCGGAGAUUCUUUUAAAUAUAUUUUCUGGCUUUUAUAAGCUUUAAAGAUUUAUAAGAAAAUAUUUUUAUAAGCAAAUUACAUUUGUUUAAUUUAUUUCCGCUGUUUCAAGGCAGUCUGAUUUACCAUCGAGGUACUUUCUCGACGGCAAAAUGCUGUAAGGUAGGACUGGAGUAACGCACAAUCCUCUGAGCCUUGAGUCCUGCAGCUGGAGCUGGAGGUGCUUCCCAAGGGAGGGCACGUGGGCCUUUGGAAGGGGUGAGUUGAUAGAGGAAAGCCAAUCCAUAGGUUUUCCAAGCUGUAUUACUAAGAUUUGAACAUUGAUUCUCAAAAGCAGUGGGAGCACGGAGACCUCCCCCAGCCGGGGGUGAGAAGAGUGAGUUGGUGAUGGCAAAGUUGCCAAAUUCCCGGGGAGCUGGUGCAGGACUCGCCCUCACACACAUCAGAGGGGCGCAGUCCUGUGGCAGAGCUGCUGCAGAAUUCACUGCUGGUGCCACGUGGUGGAAACAUUCCCGCUGGAUUUCUCCCACGGAGCUCCCUCCUGAGUGCCUUAGGGACCCACAGGUGCUGGAGAGGCACUCGGACCCCGCUGGGUGUGUGGAACGUUGGUAUUAAAAAGGAAAACUAUUAAACAUCCCUUGGAAAGGUGCACGAG